AUGCGUACUGCUGCAUUCCUUUGGCUCGCUCCUGCAGCACUAGCCAGUGCCAUCCCUUCCUUCGAAGAGGCUUCUCCCGCCAUCUCAUUCGACAAGAGGCAGAAUGUAUCUCCCAACGUCCUCGGGGGCAAGAUCCUGCAGGCUGAUUUGUACGCUGGUGUCGCUGCCAUCAACCAGCAGAUCUAUCAGGCUACCCAGAAGCCUGACCAGUUCAAGAAGUGCAAUCCCCUGAACCUGAUUGUUCGCAAGGAAUGGGCAACCUUUACUACACCGGAGAAGAACGACUAUGUCAAAGCCGUCCAGUGCAUCUCCAAGCUGCCUCCUAAGACACCCAAGUCUGAGUGCCCGGGCUGCAAGAACAGAUACGACGACUUUGUGGCAACACAUAUCAAGCAAACAUUUGCCAUCCACAACACUGGCAACUUCCUCCCAUGGCAUCGUUACUUCACCUACGCUUACGAGCAAACCCUCCGUAACGAGUGCGGUUACAAGGGCUAUCAGCCAUACUACAACUGGCCCCGAUGGGCUGACGACCCGAUGAAGAGCCCUACUUUGGACGGCUCUGCCACCUCUAUGGGCGGUAACGGUGACGCUGGAUGCAGCAACCAGACCUUCUACGGUAUCCCCACCAAUGAUGCUCCUCUGAUCAAGAUCCCCAAGGGAACUGGUGGGGGUUGUGUAACGUCUGGCCCAUUCAAGGAUUGGUCUGUCAACCUUGGCCCUGUCUUCACCGACUCUCUCUGUACGCCUCCCAACCCGAUCGUCGACUUUACAGACCCCAACAUGGGACUUGGGUACAACCCUCGCUGUCUGAAGCGUGACAUCUCUGCCUGGACUUCCAGGCAGUGGACCAACGAUGAGAUGGUUGUGAAGCUGCUCAACAGCCCUGACAUGAAGACCUUCUGGUACGACAUGCAAGGUGGUGACCCAGCUUUCACCGAAUUCAUGGGUGUGCAUACGGCCGGUCACUUCACUGUUGGUGCUGACCCUGGUUCUGACUUCUUCACUUCGCCUGGUGACCCAUAUUUCUACUUCCACCACGCCCAGAUCGACCGUGUGUGGUGGUCGUGGCAGAACUUGAACCCUGCCAACAGGACCAAUGCCAUCUACGGAACGAUUGCCCUGGGUGACCCUACCGCCCCUGCCACCAAGCUCACCGACACCAUGACUCUCGGACAUGCCUACCCUGGCAACAUCACUGUUGGUGAUGCGAUGAGCACUAUGGGAGGACCUUUCUGCUACACGUACAUCUAG